UUAUAACUACAGAUCGUAAAGAAUAUUUGGUUUCUUUACGAAACUAUUCUUUGGAAUUUCAUACUAGUGAAUUUUUUGCUUCAGAAAUUUCUAGUAUUAUUGAAACAGUUGACACAGAAAAAUUUGCCACUAUAGUUACAGAUUCUGCUGAUAAUUGUUGA